GGAGAGGGGGAGCGAGCGCUCCGCCAGCAUGAGGACGGGCUGCUCCGCUCCGCGCUCAGUUAAUCGGGCUGUCAGUUGGCGUUAACGCGGCCGUGGAAGUGCUCCGAUUCCAGGGGAAACAGACGAACCUCCCCGAAGGGAAGAAGGAAGCACGCAAGGAGGGCACGAACUGCAGGAGGGAAAGAACAGGCGAGCAGAGAGAGGAAUCUAGGGAAGGGGGGGAAAUACCAAAUCUAUGACUGGACCUGGGCUUCUUUUUCGCCAAUGCAAAAAGGAAUAUGCAGCACAUUUUUGCCUUCUUCUGCACCGGUUUCCUAGGCGCGGUAGUAGGUGCCAAUUUCCCCAACAAUAUCCAGAUCGGGGGAUUAUUUCCAAACCAGCAGUCACAGGAACAUGCCGCUUUUAGAUUUGCUUUGUCACAACUCACAGAGCCCCCGAAACUGCUCCCCCAGAUUGAUAUUGUGAACAUCAGCGACAGCUUUGAGAUGACCUAUAGAUUCUGUUCCCAGUUCUCCAAAGGAGUCUACGCCAUCUUUGGGUUUUAUGAACGGAGAACUGUCAACAUGCUGACCUCCUUCUGUGGGGCCCUCCAUGUCUGCUUCAUUACACCGAGCUUUCCUGUUGACACCUCCAAUCAGUUUGUCCUUCAGCUGCGCCCAGAGCUGCAGGAUGCUCUUAUCAGCAUCAUCGACCAUUACAAAUGGCAGAAAUUUGUCUACAUUUAUGAUGCCGACCGGGGUUUGUCCGUCCUGCAGAAAGUUCUGGACACAGCUGCUGAGAAGAACUGGCAGGUGACAGCAGUCAACAUUUUGACCACCACAGAGGAAGGAUACCGGAUGCUCUUUCAGGACCUAGAAAAGAAAAAGGAGCGGCUAGUGGUGGUGGACUGUGAAUCAGAACGCCUCAAUGCCAUCUUGGGCCAGAUUAUAAAGCUGGAGAAGAAUGGCAUUGGCUACCACUACAUCCUUGCAAAUCUGGGUUUCAUGGAUAUUGACUUAAACAAAUUCAAGGAGAGUGGAGCAAAUGUGACAGGUUUCCAGUUGGUGAACUACACAGACACCAUCCCAGCCAAGAUCAUGCAGCAGUGGAAGAACAGUGAUGCUCGAGACCACACCCGAGUGGACUGGAAGAGACCUAAGUACACCUCUGCGCUCACCUACGAUGGGGUGAAGGUGAUGGCUGAGGCUUUUCAGAGCCUGCGGAGGCAGAGAAUUGAUAUAUCCCGCCGAGGGAAUGCUGGGGACUGCCUGGCUAACCCAGCUGUGCCGUGGGGCCAGGGGAUCGACAUCCAGAGAGCUCUGCAGCAGGUGCGGUUUGAAGGCUUGACAGGAAACGUGCAGUUUAAUGAGAAGGGACGCCGGACCAACUACACCCUUCAUGUGAUUGAAAUGAAGCAUGAUGGCAUCCGAAAGAUCGGUUACUGGAAUGAAGAUGAUAAGUUUGUCCCUGCAGCCACUGAUGCUCAAGCCGGGGGGGACAAUUCAAGUGUCCAGAAUAGGACAUAUAUCGUCACUACAAUCCUAGAAGAUCCUUAUGUGAUGCUCAAGAAGAAUGCCAACCAGUUUGAGGGCAAUGACCGCUACGAGGGCUACUGUGUAGAGCUGGCGGCAGAGAUUGCCAAGCAUGUGGGCUACUCCUACCGUCUUGAGAUUGUCAGUGAUGGAAAAUAUGGAGCCCGUGACCCUGACACCAAGGCUUGGAAUGGCAUGGUGGGAGAACUGGUCUAUGGAAGAGCCGAUGUGGCCGUAGCUCCUUUAACUAUCACCUUGGUCCGGGAAGAGGUGAUAGAUUUCUCCAAGCCAUUUAUGAGUUUGGGGAUCUCCAUCAUGAUAAAAAAGCCACAGAAGUCCAAGCCAGGGGUUUUCUCCUUCCUCGAUCCUUUGGCUUAUGAAAUCUGGAUGUGCAUUGUCUUUGCCUACAUUGGAGUGAGUGUCGUCCUUUUCCUGGUCAGCCGCUUCAGCCCAUAUGAAUGGCACAGUGAAGAGUUUGAGGAAGGGCGGGACCAGACAACCAGUGACCAAUCCAAUGAGUUUGGGAUAUUCAACAGUCUGUGGUUCUCCCUGGGAGCAUUCAUGCAACAAGGAUGUGACAUUUCUCCCAGGUCCCUGUCUGGCCGCAUCGUUGGUGGUGUCUGGUGGUUCUUCACCUUGAUCAUCAUCUCCUCAUACACAGCCAACCUGGCUGCCUUCCUGACCGUGGAGAGGAUGGUGUCUCCCAUCGAGAGUGCUGAGGACCUAGCGAAGCAAACGGAAAUCGCUUAUGGGACCCUGGAAGCAGGGUCCACUAAGGAAUUCUUCAGGAGGUCUAAAAUUGCUGUGUUUGAGAAGAUGUGGACAUACAUGAAGUCAGCAGAGCCAUCAGUUUUUGUGAGGACCACAGAGGAGGGAAUGAUCCGAGUGAGGAAAUCCAAAGGCAAAUACGCCUACCUUCUGGAAUCUACUAUGAAUGAGUACAUUGAGCAGCGGAAACCCUGUGACACCAUGAAGGUGGGAGGUAACUUGGAUUCCAAAGGCUAUGGCAUUGCAACGCCCAAGGGGUCCGCCCUGAGGGUCAGAAACCAAAGACAAAAUUUCUUUUAGCUGAAUCAAAGGCUGACCAACAUUCCUUCUCCUGAGAUCCUACAACUGUCUGUUCCUUGAGUAUACUGCAGAGGAGAAAACUACCUACAGUGGUCACAGGUGAAGGGAACUUUGGCCUUAUUUGUGUUUCCUAAUAUAACCUUGAGAUAUCUGCAUUUUAACUGAGGCUCCUGACAUUACUCUCUAUUUCCAUCUGCUUGGUUGGAGAUAACCUCUCCCACAUUACCCACCACUCCAAGCUACUGGGCCAGCAGCAUCUUCUGGGCUCUUAGCUUUCUGCUCCAUCCAUGAUAGUGUUUACCUUAUAUGGUCCACACUGACAAUGUCAGAGUCUGGACUAUUAAAACAGAAGGGGUCUUUGAAAUCAUUGUCCAAAAGGGAGGUGAUUAAAAGAGUGCUUUCUAGGAUCUGACUCCACAAAUGCCCAGACCUAUCCUAGGCUCAACCACUCUUCCCUUAGGAAGGCAAGCCAACAAGCACUGGUCUUUGCUGAGGCUCUGGCUCCCACUCCAAACAAAAUCACCCUGGUUUGGCCUCAGUAAAGCAGAAACACCAAUGAAAGAAGGCCCUCGGCAUAUGUGAUUUACUCAUCCUCCGAGGCCUGUAUAGAAGAGGUUGCAGCAGGGCUUUAGAGAAAGACAUAAGGGAAGAAUAGAAGUGGCUGGACCUUCUUCACAGAGGAAGAACCCUGGGCUUCAGAACCCUCCAGCUCCAUGAAAGGAACAGUUAGAAUGACCAUGCUCACUUGUACACUGACCUUUAAUCCAGUGCAAGGAAAUUCCCACCCUUCGUGGUCCCCCUAAUGCCUUUAAAUAGCUGCUCAUCAAUAGCUGCCCUCCCUCUUCUUGAGGACAGUUACAGAGCUCCUUAAAAUCUCUUCCCCUAGAAGCCCAGUGGAUCUCAGCCUAGAUACAUCAUGGACCAAUAUAGAGACAAAAAAUAAAAUGGUGGUAGGGACACAUGACAAUGAUUUAUCUUGCCAAGAAAUCUUGAUAUCUUAAGACAAAAAAUGACCACCUCUUAUCAGCAUAAUAUAAUAAGAGAAGAAAUGUAUUAACACUACAAAAGAAGGAAGAAAUUAAUCAAUUGCACAUGAAGGACUGUCUUAAAUGGAAAAGUUCAGCUUUCUAAAAACUCACUAUACAAUCCUUAUCUAUCCUCAUUUUCCCAUUGACAAGUGAAAGCUUCAUCACAUAUUGGCCUGGCUCUUUGGAGCCAACAUUUUGGGACCACUGACUGAAUCCUAACUUUUUACCCAGCACCUGAAUUCCCUCCAUGUUCUUUCCUGACCAAUAGUUAUCCCAUCUAUUGCCUCCAUUAUCCCUGGAUUCAGGGUUAAAACUUUCAAUAUUGUCCUUUUCUCUCAUAUGAGUUAUACACUGGUUAAUUAAUUAAUACAUAUUUACUUGGGACUGACUGCACAGUAUAGAUGGGCUGCUAGUUGAGUCCUCUCCCUGCUUACACACCUCCCCUGUCUCUCUUGCCUGCAGGUAAAGUGCUGACUUCUUGGCAUAGCAUUCCAGAAUAAUUAGGAAUUGGACUCAGUCCAACCUCAUGUCCCAGAAGUCCUGGGCCUGUGCUUCCUAGCUCUACUUCCUGAUUCCACUCUUCCAUUUUCACAGAGCACCCCCUGAAGAUUUUCAAACUCCUACACACUAUCAGAUGUAAACUCUCCCAUUUUCUGGUGCUUCCAUAAUUCUUUAUUUUAAAAUCAGAUAUAGUCUUCUAUCAACUAUUAAGAAGCUUUUCUGCCUCCCACAUAAGACUGUACAUUCCUUGAAAGAUGAAGUUUAUAACUUUCUCAGCUCUUUAUUUCUACUAAGUAUCUAGAAUGGUAUUUGACACUUAAUUGGCUCUCAUAAAUAUUUGGAGAGUUGACUUGAAGACAUCAACUCUUUACACCAAAGGCUUUAUAAUCAAGUGAAAGACUAAGGCUAUUAUACCUGAAACUGUAGUAGGCAAGGCAACAAAUUGACUGCUAGGUUCCAGGGAAGUUCAAAUGAAAGGUCAAUAAGAAAUCAAGUAUUGAUGGAAAAAUUCAAGGAAAACAUGGGUAGCAUUGCAGGGCAACCAGUGUUAGGAGAGAAGCUAAGGAGAACAGCAAGCUGCAAGCGUAUAGAAGCAGGAAGAAAAACACUGUUUGAAGGGGAACAGGAUGCCUAGCAGCCUAGUUUGAUUAGAACUGAAGCUUCCUUUGAGGGAGGAGAGGAUAGCAUAUCACUACAGGCUGGGUAUAAGUUCCAAGGGCUGUUUCAUCCCAUACUCCUCAGAUGCUUGAAUUCAAAGUUUUGAAAGAGAGACGGUUGCUUCAAAACUGAAGCCCAGAAUUCAGUCUUUAGCCUUUCAUAAGCUGAGGCCCAAUUAAAAUCAUCUGAAAUAUCUCCCUUGACUGCUUUUUUUCCCAAACUUCAAUUUCCCUAUAAGUAUAUGAUAAUCGAACUUCUUCACAGUGCAAGUUUGAAUACAUUGAAUUUUAAUGAGUACAAAGUCAUCCUGGAGACUACCUUUCUAUGGUUCCAACUCCUCCCUACUCAAUAUUUCCAAAGAUAAUUCAUUGAUUCAGAUACUCCUCUGGACCCAUGAGCUCCUAUGGCUGAAAGUCAGGGCUCAGGUAGUUGAGGGUCUGCCAGAACCAGAAUAGCUUCAGGCAACUGUCCUUCUAGCAUCAUCAUUUUGAUCUCCUACGAAAGAAAAGGAAGGAAGGAAGGAAGGAAGGAAGGAAGGAAGGAAGGAAGGAAGGAAGGAAGGAAGGAAGGAAGGAAGGAAAAUUUUUGGCCUCUUCCUUACAGUCAAGUGGUAAAUUAGCAUCUUAUUAAAUUGGGCUAUAAUGAGGUUUUUCUCAUUUGUGGCUUUGUUCUCCUGUGGGCUUAGAGAAUGGAAAUCCUUCAGUGUUACAACAGUGUGCAAAGUAAAAGAAGGACUGAGGGAGUAUGGGGAGAAAGGCCUAAAGAAGUUUUCUUGGACUUACCAAUACAUACAGCACCUAAUCUGGGUCAAGCUGGAAAACAAUGGUUAUGUGUGUAGACUUCAGUCAGACAGAGUUGAAUUAGAACCUUAGGCUAAUUAUGUAUUUGUCUGUGGAAUGGAAAUAGUAAUAAUGUGAUGACUAAAUAGAAGUGUGAAGGUUAAAUGAAAUAAAGCAUGUAAAGUGUUAAUGCCUGGCCCAUAAGAAGCUAUCAAAAAAAUAAAUGUUAACUACAACUAUUA